AUGCUUACUUCCGUAUUUUAUGUGCUAUUCGCUAUUGCGAUUACGAUUAUAUUAAUUUCUUACGUAUUUUUACUCUUAAAAUGCAAGCAAAAAGCAUUUGUGGUAAUCGGACUAUUAUACCAAGAAAAAAAAUAUCAAUGUUUUGAUCAGGCCCCGGGGCCACACCCUUGGCCAAUAAUCGGAAAUAUAAAUUUACUUGGACGAUUUCAGUAUAACCCCUUUUACGGUUUUGGCACAUUGACCAAAAAAUAUGGCGACAUUUAUUCCCUAUCUCUUGGGCACACUCGCUGCAUAGUGGUAAAUAACGUUGAUUUAAUAAAAGAAGUCUUAAACAAAAAUGGAAAAUACUUUGGCGGACGUCCGGAUUUUUUUCGAUAUCACAAGCUCUUUGGCGGUGAUCGAAACAACUCACUGGCACUGUGCGACUGGUCUCAAUUACAACAAAAGCGGAGAAAUUUAGCUCGGCGACACUGCUCUCCUCGGGAAUCAUCCUCUUAUUUUUCAAAGAUGUCCGAGAUCGGAGGUCUGGAGGUUAAUCAACUAUUGGACCAGCUUACUAACAUUUCUUCGGGAUAUCCAUGUGACGUAAAACCUCUAAUACUUGCAGCUAGUGCCAAUAUGUUUUGUCAAUAUAUGUGUUCAGUUCGGUUCAAUUACUCCGAUAAGGGAUUUCAAAAAAUAAUAGAAUACUUUGAUGAAAUCUUCUGGGAAAUCAAUCAAGGUUAUUCUUUUGAUUACAUACCUUGGCUGGUACCAUUUUAUUGUAAUCAUAUAAGUAGAAUAGUGCACUGGUCAGCUAGUAUACGUAAAUUUAUUUUAGAGAGAAUUGUGAAUCAUCGAGAAUCAAAUAUUAAUAUAAAUGAACCUGACAAAGAUUUUACUGAUGCUCUGCUUAAAAGUCUAAAAGAAGACAAGAAUGUUUCCCGUAAUACAAUCAUUUUCAUGCUAGAAGAUUUUAUUGGGGGACACUCAGCAGUUGGAAAUUUGGUAAUGUUGGCACUGGCAUAUAUAGCCAAAAAUCCAACGAUUGCGUUACACAUCAGGAAUGAGGUUGACACAGUUUCUGCUAAGGGUAUAAGAAGAAUUUGCCUUUAUGAUAUGAACGUAAUGCCAUAUACGAUGGCAUCCAUUUCAGAGGUUUUGCGAUACUCUUCGUCCCCCAUUGUUCCUCAUGUAGCAAUGGAAGACACAGUGAUAAAAGGAUUUGGCGUUAGAAAGGGUACAAUCGUUUUUAUAAAUAAUUAUGUUUUAAAUAUGAGCGAAAGCUUUUGGAAUCAUCCUGAACAAUUUGAUCCUGAGCGGUUUUUGGAAAAUAAUUUUACAAAUAACAAAGAAAGUGGUCUGAAAUGUGAUGACAAUAAAAGGACAGAGUUCAUUAGAAAAAACGACAAUGAUGGCAGUACGAAAAGCAAAAAAUAUGGUAAACAGAAUUUGAAUAAUAAACUGCUCAAAAAGAGUAUUCCUCAAUUUUUACCUUUCAGUGUUGGUAAACGUACAUGCAUAGGGCAAAGUCUUGUUAGAGGAUUUGGAUUUCUUUUACUUGCAAACAUCAUACAAAAUUAUAACGUUAACAGUGCGGACUUUUCAAAAAUAAAGUUAGAAAAAUCCAGCAUUGCCUUGCCAAAAAAAUGCUUUAAGCUUUCAUUGCGGCCAAGAACAUAAGUUUUUUUUAUUCCUAAAGGUGUACUUAAGGUGUAAGGUAUAUUCCUUAAGGUGUACUAUUGCUUUUAAAUUUAUUUACUCUAUUAGCACUUUCGAAUACAUGUU